GUUCAAGAACUCGGAGGCGAUCGCCCUGGCAGCCGGCUCGCACAUCAACCUGGCGGGUGAGUUGUGCGGCGACGGCUCGAAGCCCCCUCCCGAGUGCGCGUAUGAGAUGCCGACGGGAGAAUUUCCUACAGCGUACUGGCUUCGCAUGUUUAUGAAUUUUAUUGGGCCCAUGCUGGAUCGCAUUGCAUAUGGCCUGCCGAACUCCGAGCAGCUGGACCGCAUCGCAAUCGAGUGGGUUCCAGCAGAUGACGCUGCGGCUGGUGGUAGUAGGCCGAAACCGCCCCAGCAUAAGGUCGUCGCUAGCAGCCUGGACGACUUGAAGGAGCUCGUCUUCACUGGUGAGGUCAGUCUCUCGCGCGGGAGCCGCUCGCACUUGCUGUGUGCGAUCAAGGUACCGGCCACGGACCCCAGGGACUCGCUUCUCAUGGGGAUCUACGUGGUCCCCGACAAGUCAGAUGCGGCCACCUCCAAGUGCCCCGUGCCAGCGUGGAUGGUGCGAGUGGCUACCGACGCGAAGGAGGCCAACCUGAUUGGUCAGAAGCGCAUCGUGCGGCUUGAUCUGCCAGGCUACCUGGUGAAGAAUGCGGACGCGACGACGGCUAUCAAUAUCCAG